CGGAGCCCGCGACCCCUGCCCGCAGCCGGCUGCCCGGCCCGCCUGGCACCAUGCUGCCCGCGCGCUGCGCCCGCCUGCUCACGCCCCACUUGCUGCUCGUGUUGGUGCAGCUGUCCCCGGCUUGCGGCCACCGCACCACGGGCCCCAGGUUUCUCAUAAGUGACCGUGACCCUCAAUGCAACCUCCACUGCUCCAGGACUCAACCCAAACCCAUCUGUGCCUCUGACGGCAGGUCCUACGAGUCCAUGUGUGAGUACCAGCGAGCCAAGUGCAGAGACCCGACUCUGGGUGUGGUACAUCGAGGUAGAUGCAAAGACGCUGGCCAGAGCAAGUGUCGCCUGGAACGGGCUCAGGCCCUAGAGCAAGCCAAGAAGCCCCAGGAGGCGGUGUUCGUCCCGGAGUGCAGCGAGGAUGGCUCCUUUACCCAGGUGCAGUGCCAUACUUACACAGGGUACUGCUGGUGUGUCACCCCAGAUGGGAAGCCCAUCAGUGGCUCUUCAGUGCAGAAUAAAACUCCUGUAUGUUCAGGUUCAGUCACCGACAAGCCCCUGAGCCAGGGUAACUCAGGAAGGAAAGUCUCUUUUCGAUUCUUUUUAACGCUCAAUUCAGAUGACGGGUCUAAGCCGACACCCACGAUGGAGACUCAGCCGGUGUUCGACGGAGAUGAAAUCACAGCUCCCACUCUCUGGAUUAAGCACUUGGUAAUCAAGGACUCCAAACUGAACAACACCAAUGUAAGAAAUUCAGAGAAAGUCCACUCGUGUGACCAAGAGAGGCAGAGUGCCCUGGAAGAGGCACAGCAGAAUCCCCGGGAGGGCAUCGUCAUCCCGGAGUGCGCCCCUGGGGGGCUCUAUAAGCCAGUGCAGUGCCACCAGUCCACUGGCUACUGCUGGUGUGUGCUGGUGGACACGGGGCGCCCACUGCCCGGGACCUCCACACGCUACGUGACGCCCAGUUGUGAGAGCGACGCCAGGGCCAAGAGUGCGGAGGUGGAUGACCCCUUCAAGGACAGGGAGCUGCCAGGCUGCCCAGAAGAGAAGAAAAUGGAAUUUAUCACCAGCCUGCUGGAUGCCCUCACCACUGACAUGGUACAGGCCAUUAACUCAGCAGCACCCACUGGAGGCGGGAGGUUCUCGGAGCCAGACCCCAGCCACACCCUGGAGGAGCGAGUGGUGCACUGGUACUUCAGCCAGCUGGACACCAACAGCAGCAGCGACAUUAACAAGCGAGAGAUGAAGCCUUUCAAGCGCUACGUGAAGAAGAAAGCCAAGCCCAAGAAAUGUGCCCGGCGUUUCACUGACUACUGUGACCUGAACAAGGACAAGGUCAUCUCACUGCCCGAGCUGAAGGGCUGCCUGGGUGUUAGCAAAGAAGGACGCCUCAUCUAAGGAGCAGAAAAGCAAAGGGCAGGUGGAGAGACCAGGGAAGCAAGAUGGAUCACCAGACACCUAACCCUUGACGUUGCCCACGGCCCAGCCACACGCCAUGUAACAUAAGUGGUGCCCACCAUGUUUGCACUUUUAAUAACUCGCAUUUGUGUGUUUUCUUUUUGGUUUCAUUUUAAAACACCAUUAUCUAAUACCACAGUGGGAAAAGGAAAGGGAAGAAAGACUGGUUAUUCUCUCUCUUAUUGUAAGUUUUUGGAUCUGCUACUGACAACUUUUAGGUUUUUUGGGGGGGAGGGUGUUGUUGGGACUGAGAAGAAAGAGAUUUAUAUACUGUAUAUAAAUAUAUAUGUAAAUUGUAUAGUUCUUUUGUACAGGCGUUGGCAUUGCUGUUUGUUAAUUCCCCUCCCUCUCCCUCCUGGGGGUUGUGGGGGUUCUGGGCACACAGCCCAGCUUUCUAGAACCCAGGACUCUGUCCCCAGCCCACCUGGAUUCCGUUUGGAGACUGACCCCUGUGUGCAUAUAGAUGAGAGCCCUGUGAUUAUAUUGCAGACUCCAUCUGUUCUUUUCUGGUGGGAGGAGGGAACCGCCUCAUGCCAUAGCUGUCAAGGUUGGCAAGUCACUUGGCGGUUGGCCUUCUUAAGGGAGAUUGGGUUGGGGAAGAGAUGAGAGUUGCCCCUGGAGGGAGGGCAAUAGCCAGCAUAGACACCAGUUCUCCCAUGCCUGUGUGUUCCUGCUAUCCAGACCCCCAGGUGGCCCAGAACCUCUGGCACCAGCAUCCCAGUGACCCACUGAGCACAUUAUCCUCAGAAGAUUUACAUUAGGUCAGUUGAAACAUUUUCACCCAUGUUUAGCAUCUACUCUGUGUAAAGAAUGAGAGGGGAGGCAAAGAAGAAAAAGACACUCAGUGGGGCGCUUUAUUUAGCAGAUGUUUAAUAUUUAAGCAGUGGAGGGAAGAGGACAGAAAGCCUGCACUGGUGAGGGCGGUGCCAGUAGGAAGCCUUCUCUUCCUGCAAACCCACAAAUGAGGCUUCCGGAGACAGCUCUCUCAGCACAGCCUGGGCAGGGGGGGUUUCACCUCCAUUUGCCUGUGUCUCGCCCUGCCGUCCUCAGUGGUUAGCACGAGCCUGAGGGAGGAGCUGGGUUGAUCACCUUGUUGGUAACUAAAUGGUUUUAUUUUUUUUAACCCAAUACUGAGGUUCUUCCUGUUCCCUCAGAUGUUCUUAAGGGCUUCCAGGCUUGAGGCCAAUCCCAGAAGCAAAAUUGCUCUUGGACCUCCCACUUCUGCCUCCCCUAGAAGUGCAGGGAUAAUAACCAGCUCUGGGGAGAUCCAGGCUGAGCUUUUCACGGUUUUACUGGGGUUCCAGUGUGGGCAGCCCAGCCUUUGGGUCAGACACGCGGCUUCCUCUGCCCAGGUGACCAUGCGCCUUCAGACAGCCUUCAGACAGACAGCAACAAGUGACACUUAGCGCCUCUUCCCGUGAGCAGCCGUGGGACAGCGAGGGAGGGCGGGUAGCCCAGGACUGGUGUCCUUAUCAGAUUGCUCUUGGAAAUGUGACGUUUACUCGUAUCCUGUCCCAGAAUUCCCAUAAGUGCAUCCACUUUGGCAGACUGUGUAUCCCGUUUCGGGUCUGGGAGGCAUUGGCCCACACAAGGCCCUGCUUGGGGGAGUACCCCAGUGGGGAGGAGCCUGGCCUUCUCAGGGCAUGGUCUGAAGGUUCUUGCUCUCCUGGUGAAAGUCCUAGAGGUUGUUUCAGGGUGACUGGUGGCCCCAUCCCAACAUGGUAAGAUGGAAAAGGAGCCCUCACCCAUUAGCCUAGACCAGAAAACUCAGUACACUGGAGCUGGAUGGACCUUCCAGGAGACCCCAGCCCCUUCUCUGGCCUGGAGUAAGCAUGUAAACACACAGAAGGCACCUCCUUGUAGAAAUUCAGAAUCUCCCCCAGGUGUCUUCUCUCUCACGUAUGUGUAGGCUGUGUUGUGUGGUUUUCCUUUGUGAGGAGGGAAAGAGACUAUUUGUAGCUUGUUUUAUAAAAAAUAAAAAUGAGUAAACCUUGG